CAACCCUGCCCAGUGCGCAGGCGCGGGAAAGUUGAACUAAGAAAAGAAAGUUUAUACAAGUUCAGUGGAGGAGGUGGCGGCGGCGGGCCCCGGGACCAGGUGCCCCCAUGGCCGGCUCGGAAGAGCUGGGGCUCCGGGAGGACACGCUGAGGGUCUUAGCUGCCUUCCUAAGGCGGGGUGAGGCUGCGGGGUCUCCUAUUCCGACCCCAGCCAGGAGCCCUGCCCAGGAGGAGCCAACAGACUUCCUGAGCCGCCUUCGAAGAUGUCUUCCCUGCUCCCUGGGGCGAGGAGCAGUUCCCCCUGAGUCCCCUCGGCCUUGCUCCCUGCCUCUCCGGCCCUGCUAUGGUUCAGAGCCUGGCCCAGCUACUCCAGAUUUCUACGCCUUGGUGGCCCAGCGGCUGGAACAGCUGGUCCAAGAACAACUAAAAUCCCCACCUAGCCCAGAAUUACAGGGUCCCGCACCCACAGAGAAGGAAGCCCUGCUACGAAAGCUGGUGGCCUUGCUGGAGGAGGAGGCAGAAGUCAUCAACCAGAAGCUAGCCUCAGACCCUGUCCUGCAGCGCAAGCUGGCCCGCCUCUCCGCAGGUUCCUUCAGCCGCCUAGUGGAGCUCUUCUCCAGCCGGGAGGGCAGCCCUCGCCCAAGCCAAGCACGCCCCUCCUUGCCGUGCCCUGGGCCCCCACCGCCUUCCCCGGAGCCUCUGGCCCGCCUGGCCCUGGCCAUGGAGCUGAGCCGGCGCGUGGCCGGGCUGGGGGGCGCCCUGGCCGGACUCAGUGUAGAGCAUGUGCACAGCUUCGCACCCUGGAUCCAGGCCCACGGGGGCUGGAUGACGUUAAGAAAAUGAAAAGACAGGUAACAGAUUGGGAGAAAAAUUUAAAGUAGAUAUACCUGACAGAGACCUGUAUCCAGAAUCUAUAGAGAACAUUUACAAUUUAUGAAUAAGAAAAUAACACCGUUUGUAAAAACAGGCAAAAGACCAGCAGAUGUGACAAAAAAAAUAUACAAAUGUCCAACAAGCACAUGAAAAGAUGCGAACAACAUUGGCGGUCAGGGCAAUGCAAGUCACAACUAGGAGAUAGUAUCUUCAUACCUACAAAAGUGGUUAAAAUUACAGACUGAUUUUAUGAAGUGCUGGAGCGGAUGUGGAGCACCUAGAACUCUCAUGCAUCACUGAUGGGAAUACAAAAUGGUAAAACACCAUGGGAAACUUUGGGGCAGUUUCUUAUAAAGUUUAACAUGUACCUAGGGGACUUCUCUGGCGGCCCAUUGGUUAAGACUCUGCACCUCCUCUGCAAGGGGCACAGGUUCAAUGCCACGUGGCAGGGCCAAAAAACGAACCAAACAAAACAAAAACAAAACAGGGCUUCCCUGGUGACGCGGUGGCUAGGAAUCAACGGAGGGGACACAAGUUCGAGCCCUCCUCCGGGAAGAUCCCACGUGCCACAGAGCAACUAAGCCCCGGCGCCACAACUACUGAGCCUGCGCUCUAGAGCCCACGUGCCCAACUCCUGAAGCCCCGCGUGCCUAGAGCCCAUGCUCCUCAACAAGAGAAGACACCGCAAUAAGCCUGCGCUCUGCAAUGAAAAGUAGCCCCCGCUCUCCGCAACUACAGAAAGCCAACGCAUAGCAACGAAGACCCAGUGCAGCCAAUAAAAGAAACAAAAACAAAACAAAAACCCCAUACACCUAGUGUACGACCCAGCCUUGUGUUCCUAGGUUCACUUAAGAGAAGUGAAAGUGUACGUUCACAGAAAGACUCGGACAUGACCGUUCAUAGCCACUUCAUUCAUAACACCCCUAAUCUGAAAACCACCCAGAUGUCUAUCAACAGAAAAAUGUGAUCCAUCCAUACAAUGGAAUACUCCUCAGCGAUAAGGAUUGAACAGCUGUUACAGGCAACAUGAACAAAUCUCAAACACCUCAUGCUGAGCAAAAGAAGACAGACACAAAAGAGCAUAUACUGCAUAAUUCCAUUUAUACGAAAUUUUAGAAACGGAAAAGCUACACUAUCAUGACACAAAACAGAAAGUGAUUGCUUCUGGAGUUGGGUGGGGGAGGUGUUGACUAGAAAGUGUCGUGAAGGAACUUUCUGGGUGAUGGAUACAUUCCACAAGUUGCAUUCAUCUUUAUUCAACUAGUAACUUUCCGCAGGUCCAGGAAAGCUUCCUGGAGGAGGUGGCGACUAAGCUGUGCCCUGACCGACUACAGGAGUUGGCCAGACGAAGGGGGUGGGUAUUCCCAACAGGGAUGGGACUUAGGAAGAGCCAAGUGGCUUGAGUUGGGUCACUGGAUUUAAAAAACUUGGAACAAUUAAGUAGAGGACUAGGGGUUCAAUGCCUCGACGCCUUUGUCCUAUUCCUGAUUUGCCCUGGGACCCCGGACAUGACCUCCCGCUCUUUGGGCCUCUCAUUGCUUCAGUUUUCCUUCAGGAAAAUGGGCACAAGCACCCUCGCUCCUCCUGGAUUCCCCACAGACUGGGAAAAGCCACCGAAGGGACGAUGAGUGACAGUUCGUUUGAGCCAAUCGCUGGAGGCUAAAGCCCUGCCUUCCUUUCUUUUGGGCCAAUCGCCUUGUUUUCCUUGAGGCCAGCCGCUUGGCGGAGGCUGGUGAAAAGCCUCGUGACGUCACAUCUUUGAGAAACCAAUAGCAGCUAUUAAGAGGCGGGUCAUUUCGGUGAUAGACAGCUCUAUUUCAAGAUGUCCGCUUGGCGCGGGGUC